UCUUCAAUUCUAUGAUCUCCUUCAAGAGACAACAACACGAAACAAAGACUGGUACCCAUUUGUGACCCAGCACAGCAAAAUGAGUCGCAUGUCGCACAUAUGAUUAGCCUAAAAUGACACCAGGACAUAAUAGAAGAAAUUGAUCUCAUCAGAUUUCACAUAAGGCAGACAAUAGCGAAAUGGACAACCAGUCCAGUCCGUCUCAACCUGUCAAGCUCGGAUCGACAUGCGACUCAUUUUGCCAUGGCGGGUCACAUUUGAUUACAUACUCCUGACGACCUGAGUGGAGCCGUAGGGCAAUACGGAUAAUCUGUUGUCGACAUCAUGGUAUGCCAGCGAAUGGAUCCCCCUGCUAAAUGCCGAAAAUAUCAUGGAUUACUUCUCAGAUAGGUCCAAUCAAUUCUAUGACCCUACGUGUAAUAAUGAGAUUGUGAAAAUGCAGCGGCUUAACCCAGAACAGCUCAACAACAUGCCCGGAUUAGAAUAUAUCCUGCUGCAUGUUCAACCACCUAUACUUUAUGUGAUCAGGAAACAACACCGACACUCACCCACACAAGUCACUCCUCUAGCAGAUUAUUACAUCAUAGCAGGAGUGAUUUAUCAAGCCCCUGAUUUGUGUUCAGUCAUAAAUUCAAGAAUGCUGAACACAGUUUGUAGUUUACAGUCUGCUUUUGAUGAAGCGCUAUCAUAUUCCCGGUAUCAUCCAUCUAAGGGGUAUUAUUUUGAAUUUAAAGACCAAGAACCAAAAGAGAAGAGCAAGGAGAAGAAGAAAGAAGAGCCCAGCUCAGUUUUCCAGAGACAACGUGUUGAUGUCCUUCUGGGAGAAUUGGCCAAGAAAUUCCCACUCAAACCCCAAAACCAACCACCCGUAGAAAAACAAGAAGAGCCCCAUAUUGUUGUCAAACAAGAACCAAAAGAAAUCAAGACAGAGAAGACAGAUGACAAGUCAUCGCAGUCAACACACUCUGGAAUUAAACCUCCCGCUGAAAAGAAACCAAAAAUAAUCCGCUGAACUUGUACCUGUGACUAUAGGAUGCAGUGAGCAAAGAGGGGAUGAUCUGGCCACCGGGGUGUCAGGCCUGUGCUUUAUGAAGAAUAAGCACAUGUUUGAUUUGCUGGAAGUCACACACAAUGUGGGUCAGAGUAUUUGAUUUGGAUACUCACGCACUAUGUCAGACUUUAAGGGCUUGUGUUGAAUCACUCUAAGCCCAACAAGCUUUUGUACCCAAAGUCUCUUGCCUGUCAGAAAGUAAGCAAACUGGUCCACAGUGAAUUCAGUGUGUUUGAGCCAUUAUGUUGUAUAUGAUUGAUGGCUGUGCGAAGUAUGUCUAUUUUUUCACUGCCAAUAAAAGUAUUUAAAAUUA